AACAGGAGCGUCUACAGGUCUACCAGCUGGUGUAGAUAUCGAUGUUUAUAUAGAGGCGAUCACACCACACACAGGUAAAGCACGGGACUACACUGAAGGUCGAAAUAUCACGGAGGCCAUUUUGGAUUUAGAGUGAACUACUAAUGUGAACCCGAUACCAGAAAUGCUGCACCCCCGGCGCAGUGCGCAGGAAGUCCUACUGUGCGACUCCUGUGAAACUGCCCCGCUACAGAGUCACUGUGAACUGUGUAAUAUAAAUCUCUGUACUAACUGUGUAGGUAAACAUCUCUUGGAUUCGUCUAGAAAACACCGAGUCAUACCAUUCAUAGAGAAAAUUUCUGCCCCUAAAGUCUACCCAAAAUGUCUGACACACGCCGACAAACAGAGCGAACUUUACUGCGAGGAAUGUGACGUUCCUGUCUGUUCUACCUGUGUCUCAAAAAAACAUAGAGGGCACAAUUUAUGUGAUGUUCUGGAAAAACUCAGCGUUAAAACAGAAAGUUUACAAAAAGAUUUAGAGGAACUAGAGAGCAGAAUUUAUCCUCGAUAUCAAGAAAUGGCGUCCGAUGUCCAAACUGAGAAAUCCGAGUUACAAACGAAUUACGGGAAACUGACAACAGCUGCCGAUCAACAAGGAGAAGCCUUACACCGGGAGGUCACCGCCAUUGUCAACCAGCGGAAAUCCGACAUCCAGGAGAUGAAAAACAAACACCUAUCUACCCUGAAUAAAAAUACAGAAGAAAUCACACAGAAAAUGGCGGAACUCAAACAAAUCAUUUCCGACUUGAAAUCAAUCCUAAAAUCAAAUGACGUCUCUCUAACGUCAACGUACAAAUCUAGGAAUGGCGAGUUCCGACAAUUACCUCCUAAAGUCCGAGUCACAUUACCGAGUUUAUCUCCUCAGAAAAUUAACACAGAAAAGCUCCGUGAAAUGUUUGGUUCUCUGUUACCAUUAUCCAUUAACACAGAACAAGGCGACACAAUGAAGUCAGCAGAAGCUGUAUCGUCUCCUCCAGUCAAACCACUGCUUGAUGAGCCGCGAGUCACCGCCACCAUAGACACUGGGUAUGACUAUCUAUACAUUGUUAGCUGUCUGAGUGAAGAUCAAGUCUGGACAUGCGGGGAUAACGAAACCAUGAAGCUGCUCAACCUCCAGAGUAAACUACUGACAUCAAUACAAACCAAGUCAGGGGACACACCGCGGGACAUAGCAGUGACACGGGACGGAGAUCUUGUUUAUACUGAUAGUAACAAUAUAAACCUAAUUAAGAAUAAACAGAUACAGACCGUGAUCACACUACAGGGGUGGAGACCUCGCUAUGUCUGCUGUACCGCGGCUAAAGAUCUCCUGGUUAUCAUGAACAGUGAUGAUGGAGAACCAUCCAAAGUCGUGCGUUACUCCGGCUCCACAGAGAAACAAAGCAUUCAGUUUGAUGAUCAGGGUCGUCCUCUCUAUAAAUCUGGUGUUUACAUCAGUGAGAACAGGAACCUGGAUAUCUGUGUGGCUGACUAUGGAGCUAGUGCAGUAGUGGUGGUCAAUCAGUCAGGAAAACUCCGAUUUAGAUACACUGGUCAUCCCUCUAAUACCAAGCAAUCAUUUAUUCCACUCGGCAUCACUACAGACAGCCAGAGUCACAUCCUGACAGCAGACCAUGUCAAUAACCGUAUCCACAUCCUAGAUCAGGACGGACAGUUCCUCCGUUACAUUCACUGUGAUUUAGACGCUCCAUGGGGUUUAUGUGUGGACAUCAGAGACAACCUCUUUGUGGCUGAGUAUGUCACUGCUAAAGUGAAGAAAAUCCAAUAUCUAUAAUCACAGUGUUAAUUACACAUCUCUACAGUGUUAAUUACAUCUACCAUCACAGUGUUAAUUACAUCUACCAACACAGUGUUAAUUACAUCUACCAACACAGUGUUAAUUACAUCUACCAACACAGUGUUAAUUACAUCUCUGAGUGGAUUACAAGUGUUAAUUACAUCUACAAAAUCUGUCAAUUACAUCUCUAAACAGUGUUAAUUACAGCUGUGUGUUAAUUACAGCCAUGUUUUGUGGUGCGUAAGUAGCGUAACUAUCCUGUGUAUUGACAGUGUAUGUUUGGAUUGUUUGUAUACACUACCACCAUAAAUUGUCAUUCCUUUGACGAUUAAAUGAUGACCAAUAGAUAUAUUUGUAUUGUUGCCUAUGUCAUACGUUCGAGAGUGUCUUUUGUUUUGGUAUUGUAUUUGUCCUUAUGUGUUUUUAUUGUUGUUAUAGGGUUGUUUCAUUGAUUUGUUUCCCACUAUUGAACGAUCCAUCUUGUGGAUUAUCUUUACACCCAAGACCGGUUACAUAGGUAUACACACAAUUUUUAUACACAUGUUGGCAUGAAAUAUAUUCAAUAUAAUGAAAAAGAGCUGACUUCACUGUGUAUAAUUUCAAUUUAUCUCAGAAAAUUAUUCAGGGAUAAAACCUCAAUACAUGUGAAACAAUAAUGGACAUUCAAUAUUUUUGGCAUAGUGUGUUAAAAUGUGAUAUUGAUUUAUUUAAGGUGAAAAAUCAAAGUAUCUUGUAAAGAUACACAUUAAAUACACAAUAUGUAUCAGUAAUUAGUUUGAAACGGUUUUAAGUUGAGGUUUGCAUAAUAGCUCUUUUUAGAGAAUAAAAAAUUCAAAAAAUCGAGUAUUUUAAAUAGAUAUAAAAAGUUAAAAGCUUAACGUCAGCUAUCUAUUUGCAAGAGUUAUGCAUUUGGCAUUGAAAGAUCUGGAUGAUUAACCAAUUUUUUUUUAUGUGCAAGUAACUUAUUUUGGCGAAUGUAUGCUCAUUUUUGGUGGGCAGUGUAUUGAUUGUUUAAUGUAUUUUCCUCUCGAGAAUUUUCCACUCAUAUGGAGAUGUCACCAUUGCUGGUGAAGGGCUGCAAAAUUUCGGCCUAUGCUGGGUGCUUUUGGCCUUUCUUUAUCGUGCCGCAUCUGCUGUGACACCUGGCCUCUGCAUGCGGUCUCAUUCGAGGGACCGCCCCAUUUAGUCACCUCUUACAACAAGGGGUACAUCCUGUUAUACAAUUAGAUAUAUUGUGAAUGUACAUGUACUAGGUGUAUUCUGAUGAGUUGGAUAACUCGAGGACAAUAAAGAAUUGAAGUUAGUCUUUUGUGAUUACGUAUCCACCACACAAACCCUUGACGAAUGUAGCUAUUUAAAUUUCGGGCUCAGGAGUCCGGCGUUUCAUUGGGUCCAAGCCACACGGUCACUAAGGGUUUGUGUGGAGGGCAUGUAAUCACAAAAACUUGACUUGCGAGGAUGGAAAGGGGUACUGAGGACCUAUUUUAGAAUUGACAAUGUAGAUUUCUGGUUGUUUACUCGUGUCUGAUAGAACAUUAUUCUAUUUGUUUAUUAUGUAUUUCAAUAUCUGUAUUAUUACAUAAACAUUAUCUCGAG